GUAUCUAGUGAUUACUUGCUCUGUGGUUAAAAUUUAAAUUGAGGUUAUGUUUAUAAAUAUUAUUUAUAAUAAUUUCUAACUUAGUAAUAUAAAUCCAUUACAUAAAAAGUUAAUGUUCUGUUAAAAUGUGGCGUCGAUAUUUAAUGUGGUUCGCACAUGAACAUGUCGAUUUUCGUCAUGCUGAAAUGCAAAGUAUACUUACACUCUUCAAUAUACCUAUUAAGUUUGUGGAGAAACCUUGUGUUCUGAAACCAUAUUGGAUUGUCGAGUUACCUUCUGAGGAAAUCGUGAAAAAGAUCGCCUCUAGAUCUGUUUUAAUUAAAAACUGUAUUGAAUUGUGGGGUAGAGCUAAAACAGAGUCCCAGCUGCACGAGAACUUGAGAAGUGCGUUGAAAAAUGAUACAGGAGAAUGGAUAAUGCAAAAAUCAUGUAAUGCAGACGCGAGUGAUAGACAUAUUUGUCCAAGCACGUUAAUACAAGCAUGUUGUUCUGCCGAUAAGUCCUUUAAAGUGGAAGUCGAGACAUUCUGCAAACAUUUCUCCAUGCAAGAGAAAAUUGCUAAAAUUGAGUCUUUCAGUUAUUUACCAUUAGAGGGUGCAGUGAAAUUGAAAAAUCCAGAUGUUACAUUGGCAUACUUGGAGUUUUAUGGUGUAGAUCCUAACAAUGUUCCUGAGAAGCCUUAUGAUUUGUUUUUUGGAAAAUGGGUGGCUGAUGGACAAAGAGAUCUUAUUCAGGUUCACUCGCUGAAAAAACGCCAGUUUAUUGGGAACACAAGCAUGGAUGCACAGCUAUCUAUUAUCAUGGCCAAUCAGGCGCAAGUGAAAGCAGGGGACAUGGUGCUGGACCCCUUUGUUGGUUCUGGCUCGUUAUUAGUUGCUGCUGCACAUUUUGGAGCGUAUGUAUUGGGGUCCGAUAUAGAUUUUAUGAUGCUGCAUGCCAGAACAAGGCCGACUCGCGUCGGGCAAAAGGUACGCAACAAAGAUGAAAGUAUACGCGCGAACAUGAGACAAUACGGCACAGAGUCGCGGUACGUGGACGUGGUCGUGAGCGACUUCUCGCUGCCCACCUGGCACGAGAGGCUCAUGCUCGACGCCAUCAUUACGGAUCCGCCAUAUGGAGUUCGGGAACCGACAGAGAAAAUCGGGAUAGAAAGAGAAAACUACACCUUGUCUGAGGAGCACCUAGUUAACCAUAUACCAUCUAAAGUGGAGUACGGACUAUCGCAUAUCUAUAGGGACCUAUUAAACUUUGCGGCGAAGCAUUUGGUGUUGGGCAGGCGUCUAGUGUGCUGGUACCCAUUAGUUAGAGAGGAGUAUCGUGAGGACCAGCUCCCGUGGCAUCCGUGUCUCAAACUCGUCGCCAACUCUGAACAAGUCCUGUCCAAAUUGACGUCCAGGAGACUUCUAACAUAUGAAAAGAUUCAUGACGAAGUGCCAGAUGUACCAAUUGAUCACAAUGGUGGAGUCCACAAUUUUAGGGAGAAAUAUUUUUGCAUGGGCGAGCAGACGAGGCGAGAAAGAAAGGAAAAGCGCGCUGAGGAGAUGGCCACAAAUGCUGCAAACAGGGCUCUCACAGUCAACAUUACAUGACGUUACAUUGUGUAAAAUAUAGUCAUAUUAGACAUACAA